CCGGCCACGACCGCAGCAAGAUACGAACAAGAUGGCAGCUCCAGCCUCUGCCUACAAGGAUAGGCAAUUCCUGGCGGUGAUCGGAGACGAGGACUCCGUUACGGGAUUGCUGUUAGCAGGUAUUGGUCAUGUUACUGCUCCGCCGGACGCGCAGAAGAACUUCCUCGUUGUCGACAGCAAGACGGACAAUGCAGCUAUCGAAGAAGCUUUCGACAGGUUCACUACGGAGAGAAAGGAUAUUGGGAUUCUCUUGAUCAAUCAACAUAUUGCUGAGCGAAUACGCCAUCGAGUCGAUUCAUACACUGCAGCCUUCCCUGCGUUGCUGGAGAUCCCCAGCAAGGACCACCCAUACGAUCCUGAGAAGGAUAGUGUUCUGAGAAGAGUGCGAAGGCUUUUUGGCGAAUAGGUAUAGAGAGAAGUGUCUGCAUGUUUGGCUGGGCUAUGCUAUGAGCCCUGGGUGUAUUCAGGUGAUCGAUCACCACGGAGUUAUGAACUGGUCGCUGUAUGGGCAUCUACUAUGCAGAGUGGCUU